AUGCAGUACGGCCAGAUCCUUCACAGGUGUGGCCCGGACGAUAGCUUCCUCAACCUGAACGUGGGUGGUUUUAAGCAGCGCGUGGAGCGCAGCAUCCUGCAGCGCUUCCCCAGGACCCGCCUGGGACGCCUGCUGUACUGUGUCUCCGAGGAGGACAUCCUGGAGCUCUGCGACGACUUCAGCCCCACCGACAGGGAAUACUACUUUGACCGCAACCCGUGCUUCUUCCGCAAUGUCCUCAACUUCUACCACACGGGCAAGAUCCACCUGAUGGAGGAGCUGUGUGUCUUCUCCUUCAGCCAGGAGAUUGAGUACUGGGGCAUCAAGGAGCUCCACCUGGACUCCUGCUGCAGCAACAAGUUUCAGGAGCAGAGACAGUUUGCAGAGGACAAGGACUGGGACCGGAGGAGCGGUGAGCAGCAGCAGCAGUUUGGGAGCAUUGAUUCGUCCAUGGAGGAGCUCUCAACUAUGGACAAGGACCUGGAGAAGUUUGAGGGUACCUGGUGCUCGGAGGUCCGCAAGAACAUCUGGCUGCAUCUGGAGAACCCGGGCUACUCAUGUUUGGCCAAGGGGAUCGCCGUGGCCUCGCUGGCUGUGGUGCUAACCUCCAUCGUGGCCAUGUGCGUCCACAGCAUGCCCGAGUUCCACCAGGUAGACCUCAACGACAAGGAGAUUGAAGACCCGGUGCUGGCCAUUUUCGAGGCUGUGUGCGUCAUCUGCUUCUCUGUGGAGUUCCUGGUGCGGCUGGCAGUGGCUCCGUGCGCCCGUAAUUUCAUGAGCAACGCUCUCAACAUCAUUGACUUUGUUUCCAUCAUUCCCUUCUAUGCCACACUGGCCUUUGAGACAGUGGACGAGGAGAACGAGGAACUGGAGAACGUGGGCAAGGUGGUUCAGAUCCUGCGACUGAUGCGAAUCUUCCGCAUCCUCAAGCUGGCGCGUCACUCGGUGGGACUACGCUCACUGGGUGCCACGCUAAGGCACAGCUACCACGAGGUGGGCCUCCUGAUUCUCUUUCUCUCUGUGGGUAUCUCCAUUUUCUCUGCGCUCAUCUACUUUGUGGAGAAGGAGUCAGAAGAGUCGGACAUAACGACCAUCCCCGUAGGCUGGUGGUGGGCCACUAUUAGCAUGACAACAGUGGGCUACGGCGACACCUGCCCGGUGACAGUUGUAGGGAAGCUGGUGGCCACCAUAUGCAUCGUCUGUGGGAUACUAGUGGUGGCCCUGCCCAUCACCAUUAUCUUCAACAAAUUCUCCAUGUACUACCAGAGGCAAAAGGCCAUGGAUGCCAAUCAGAGCAAUAAUGAAACCGACCAAUGCAAUAAUAACGAUAUUAAAAUCCCCAACCCCAGUCUAACAUACUUUAAUGUCGGCAACCAGUACACCUUAAAGAUUAACUCAUUCAUCACCAAUAUCUCUGUCAGGAGCAGCGUCGGCAGUGAUGAGGACACGGACGCAUCGAGCAUCCAGGGUGGAGAGACGACUUGUAUCCUGAGGGGCACUUGA